AGAAGAAGAGAGACUAGAAAAGACAAAAAGGUUAAGUAAAUAAGUAGUUUUUUAAUUGACUUACCGAAAUACUGAAUAAUGUCCUCGCUUGUAAGAAUAAAUCGUUUAUUUCCUCUCAGACAUUUAAUACCACAUGCAACAAAGAAUCCUAUCAGGAAUAUUAGCAAAAUAAAUAAUAUCGAAGGUCUAUCUUGGGGAAAUCGAACGUUCUUGAGAUUUCUUAGCACGGAAACGUCUCCAAGAGAAGAAGAUUAUCAUUCUAUAAUAAAGGAUACAGAAAAACCCAUAGGAGAAAGUACCAAACAUGAAUUUCAAGCAGAGACUAGAAUGCUUUUAGAUAUAGUAGCAAGAUCUUUGUAUUCUGAAAAAGAAGUUUUUAUCAGAGAAUUGAUAUCCAAUGCAAGUGACGCAUUAGAGAAAUUCAGAUAUCUUUCUAUAUCAAAAGAAGGUGCUGAGAAAAUAAAAGAUGUCGAUAGAGCACUUGAAAUCCAUAUUUCAACAGACAAACAUAAUCGAACCUUGACCAUACAGGUUAAACAGUUUGCAUUCAUUGAAGAAAUGAAAUCAAAACAAACAAAUGGUGACAACAACAUAAUAGGCCAGUUUGGAGUAGGCUUUUAUAGUGUUUUUAUGGUCGCAGAUAAAGUUGAAGUUUAUUCCAGAGCAGCAGGAGAAGAUCGGGGUUUCAAAUGGACAUCGGAUGGAACUGGUACUUAUGAAAUUCAACCAGCAGAAGGUGUUUUAUUUGGUACAAAAAUAGUUAUACACUUAAAAACGGACUGUCGAGAGUUUGCUGAUGAUGACACAAUCAAGAGUAUCAUAAAUAAAUACAGUAAUUUUGUUGGAAGCCCUCUAUAUCUGAAUGGGAAAAAAGCUAACAUUGUUCAACCCUUAUGGUUAUCAGAUCCCAAAAGCAUAACACCACAACAACACAACGAUUUUUAUAGAUUCGUCAGUAAGAGUUACGAUAUGCCAAGGUUUACUUUACAUUAUAAGACUGAUGUACCUUUGUCGAUUAGAGCUUUGUUAUAUUUUCCUGAAGGAAAACCAGGACUGUUUGAAAUGUCCCAGGAAAACCAAUCAGGUGUUGCACUUUAUACAAAAAAAAUUCUGAUAAAAAAUAGAGCUGAUAAUAUUUUACCAAAGUGGUUGCGAUUCGUUAAAGGAGUUAUUGAUUCUGAAGACAUUCCAUUGAAUUUAAGUCGAGAACUGUUGCAGAACAGUGCUCUCAUAAAGAAAUUACGUGAUGUUUUAACUGCAAAAAUAAUUAAAUUUCUGCAAGACCAAUUGAAGAAAAAUCAAGCAGAAUACGAAAAGUUUUACCAGGACUAUGGAAUUUUCAUUAAGGAAGGAAUCAUCACAAACUAUGAUCAAGCCGCAAAGGAAGAAGCUGCUCAUCUACUAAUGUUCGAAUCAUCUCAACAAGAACCUAAUAAGAAAGUAAAUCUUAAUGAAUAUAUAUCCAGAGCCGCUGAUAAUAGGACCAUAUUCUUUUUUGCAGCUCCUAGUCGCACUCUGGCAGAAUCAUCUCCAUAUUAUGAAUCUCUCAAAACUAAAAAUCAGGAAGUGCUCUUCUGUUAUGAGCCAUACGACGAGUUAGUUUUAACACAGUUGAGGCAGUUCAAAGGUUAUAAGUUGGUGUCCGUUGAAAGUGAUAUGAGAGAUGACAAGACGGCUAAUGAUCUUACGAAUUUGGGGGAAGAUAGUUUGAAACGCAGUGAAAUCGAUGAGCUGUCGAAUUGGGUGAAAGAUAAAUUAAGUGGCAAGGCGGAUUCUGUUCAUGCUACUACGCGCUUAGAAAAUCAUCCAUGUGUAGUGACAGUUGAAGAAAUGGCAGC